GACAAAAACAACCUCCCCCCUUCCUCCCCCUUCCACAGGCCGCGCAAUCAAUCAAUCACCGCUUGAUGGACGAAAUAUCAUGGAACCAUUUCGAUGAUUUUUUCCUGUUGCUUACUUAUGCGAGCGAUGCUGGCUGUUCUGAAGCCGAAUGCGACGUCUUGUCUUUCUCUGAGAUUCCACGGCUCGGGAAUCAAAGCAUGCACAUGCUAACUAAUCAAUUUCUCAGCCUUGUUAAAUCGAGAAAAAGGUGCCCCGGCGCGGUGGAAACCCGCCGCUGCCCGUGGCGCCCUUUGCAUGUGUGGAACAGGGGGGGCUGGGUUAAAGCUGACCGUGCGCAACACGCGGCGCACGCGUGA